UGAAAAGAAAUACUAACUUGCAGCAAAGAUAAAUAACAGUAUGUUACAUUUUAGGAUCUGUAGCACACAUUAUGGUUACAUGUGUUACGGUCUUCCACAUGUUACCGUAAUAAACAGGAAGUAAAAAUUUAAAACCCCUGAAGGAAAACAAACACCAGCUGACUGACACAUUGUGUUUGUGUGUUUAUGGGCUGUUUUGACGCAGGCACCUGCCAGAAAAUGACCCUGCAACCAUUAACUCCAGUGAACUGUGGCAGCCUCCUGCAGCCCGGUUGCUCUCUGCUGCAGCUGGAUGGGGAAGUUCUCCUCUUCGGCCAGAAGGGUUGGCCUAAGCGGUCGUGUCCCACGGGAGUGUUCGGGGUACGGAUCAAACGUGGUGAGCUGAAACUGAGGCCCAUCACCUUUUCCAAUGACUCCUGCUACCUCCCUCCGUUACGUUGUCCAGCUGUCUGCCGCCUGGACCCCUACGACGGCCUUCCAGAGAGCUAUCUCAUCCAUGGUGGCCGCACUCCAAACAAUGAGAUCUCAUCAAGCCUGUACCUGCUGACCAUGGACAGUCGCGGCUGCAAUCGUAAAUUAAUGGUGCGCUGCAAAGAGAAAGAGCUGGUGGCAGAAGUGCCGGGGGCCCGAUAUGGCCACACAAUGAGCAUAGUGCAGAGCCGAGGGAAGACGGCCUGUGUGCUGUUUGGGGGUCGAUCCUACAUGCCUGCAGGAGAGCGAACCACAGAGAGCUGGAACAGCGUUGUUGACUGCCCUUCUCAGGUGUUUCUGUUCGACCUUGAGUUUGGUUGCUCCUCUGCUCACACUCUGCCCGAGCUCCAUGGUGGACAAUCCUUCCAUGUGGCCCUCUCCAGAGAAGACUGUGUCUACUUCAUUGGAGGCCACUCGCUCACCUCUGACUCACGUCCACCUCGACUGUUUCGCCUGCGCGUUGAGCUUUUGCAGGGCAGCCCUUUGCUUUCCUGUGAGACACUGGACACGGGCUUGUCCAUCUCUAGCGCCAUCGUCACCCGUACAGGUCCGUCUCACAAAUACAUCAUCUUAGGUGGAUAUCAGUCAGACUCUCAGAAGAGGAUGGAGUGCAGCACUGUGAUUCUGCAUGAGAAAGGGAUCCAGUUUGAGCCCUUAGAACCGCCCAACUGGAUACCAGACAUCAUCCACAGUCGUACUUGGUUUGGGGGCAGCACUGGGGAGGGAAGCGUCCUACUAGGUGUACCCACAGAGGGAAGGCCAUCCCAACCAGAUACGCAUUACUUCUAUAAAGUGAGCUUCCAUACAGAGGGAGAACGCAAAGACGAAGACGAAACUCAGGGCUGCAGCCAGGAGUCGACAGAUUACGACAACUCCACUCCUCUUGAGGACUCCGAGGAGCUCUACUUUGGUCGUGACCCACAUGAGCUGGAGGACAGCAGUGAUGGAGAUGAGGAUGCUUACAAUGAAGACGAUGAGGAAGAUGAAUCCCAAACAGGCUACUGGAUCAAAUGCUGCCUGGGCUGUCAGGUGGACCCCAACACAUGGGAGCCGUACUACUCCACUGAGCUCCACCGGCCGGCCAUGAUCUUCUGCUCCAGAGGGGAGGAAGGACACUGGGUUCAUGCCCAGUGCAUGGAGCUGUCUGAGACGUUGCUGCUCAGACUCUCAGAGGGCAACCAAAAGUACUUCUGCUCAGACCACGGUGGCCUGCCAUACCAGGAGACGACCCCACCUCGACAGCUCUUGCCCCUGAAGCGAACCCCCAUGAAAGUUAAGGAGAGAAAAACACCACUGAGACUUAAGCUGUCGCCUGCAAAGAAAAGCUUCCUCAGGAGACUCUUCGACUGACUCCAGUUUUCAUUAUGAUGUGUGUAAACAGAGACUGUUAUGGAUGCAUUGAAUGUUUAGGAUAUUUCUUGGGAAUAUUCAAUAAAUAAAUUAUCACAAUAUGCUGAUCUGUAUAACUGCAACCCUGUUUUUCAUGUAAUCAGAUGUACAUUUGUCAUUUUAAUUUCAUACUGUGUAAUGAAAAAAAUGCAGGGCUAUGGAAAUGAUCUCCGGUUUUUCAGCUGUAAAACACUGUUCAUGGAUAUUUUGUGUUGUUUUUACUUCCUGACACAUUUUUUUCACAGUUCUUUCUACAAUUGA